CACACUCACCGCAAUCCCAGCAAAGAAGCAGCCAACAACUCUCUCUCUCUCUCUCUCUCUCUCAUUCCUCGGGAUUCCCUUCUCCUUCUUCUUCUUCUUCUUCUUCUCCAUCUCCAUCUCCUUCUUCUCAUUGAUCAAUCAUGGCCUUCUCCUCCUCGUGAUCCUUGUACUUGCUUAUCAUUUAUUCACUAUUAUUAUUGUUAUGCCUUGCUUCGCAAUCCGGCAUGUGAAACAGAGGCACGGGCAUUUCAUCGAACACCUCAUCGCUAUUUUAUAUUCCCAUCAUCCUUGCUUCCCAUCCAUCUCCACUUGUUCGAUUUUUCUAGUCUUUGAUGGCAAUGCAGACUGUUUCCUUGCUCCCAGCUAGGCCUCCUGUUCUUCCUGCUGCCUUUUCUUCUCCCAGAGCGCCAUUUUACCCGGCUGGGAAAGCGCGGCGUGUUGUCUCGCUCUGGAUACGCCGCGCGGCAACAGCUCCUGAGAAAUUGGAGAUGCAAGAUUCUGCAAAUGUUGCAUCCCAGGGUACUGUUCAAACAAUAACGUCUAGCAUCAAUCCUCCUCAAAUCUUGGCGCUUCCUCCUCCUUCAUUCAUUCUUUGUAGAGGGUCACCACUUUUAUGGAUUGGGGUUGGGAUUGGAAUUUCGGCAGCAUUUAAUACGAUGGCAACAAGAUUAAAGAGAAUGGCAAUACUGAAAGCUUUCAAGGAAGUCAUGGGUCCAAAUUCUCAGCAAGAUGGCACGUUCAACACGGCGGCUUUCGCUCCGGGCACACCAUUCCCAUCACCUUCUGCAUCACCAUCAGCUACAACUAUUCCAACUCCAACAGCUUCUGCUCCUGGACCACCUGUUCCAUUGGAUAUUCCUAAAACUAAUGUUGAAGAAAUUCCACAACAUGAUACCAGUAACAACACUAAAGCUGAUAAAGAAACAGAAGGACAUGAAUAAUGAGAUUUCACUGAUGAAAUUGAAGAUACACAUAGUUGUAUAGAGUUCAAAAGCCGACUAGACGACAAGUGAAGAGGGAACCAGGAUCAAAUUGAACAAAAAUGGAUGAAUCAUUCAUCUCCAACAUGUAAACAGAAGAGUGAAACUUGGUUUGUUACUCUUUCAGAAGCACAAUGGUAAAUAUUUUAACAUCUUUUUACCAUUCAAUCUGUCACCAGAUCAAAUUGAAACAGAGCAAGCAAACACAUUGGAUCAUUCAAGUACGACCAUGCAAUUUCUUCCAGGUAAAAAAAUAAAAAUUAAAAAAAAAGUAAAAAGUAAAAAACAUCCAUCCAAUCAAAUCAUUCUUUCAUUUUGAUAACAUUAUCAUCUGAUUUGCAAAUCAUGCCUUUGCUCCCAUUCCUUUUAAGUGCCCACUUGUUUUUGUCCACUAAGGAACCAACUUUGUAUUGUUGCCCAUUCUCUUCAGUGUUAUGAAUCCACUUUAAUAAGUGGGAUCUGUCAUGCAUGUCCAUCACCUUAUCAGUUGUUAAGUGUGCCUUGAAAGUUAUAUGAAACACAUGGGUUGCACAAAAUGCCAACCAGUGUAUCUCUCUUUCUCUGUUGCCACUGAACAAAAAUACAGUUCUAGUGUGUCAUAUGACUCAGCUUGUACACUCUUUCCAUGCAUUAUUCAUACUUAUGUCUCUGUGUCUCUGGUUAUAGUUCCUAUCUCUAUUCCUUUUCCUGAGGAAUUGUGGAUAAAUCACAAGUAGGAUUCUUCGAACUUUUGGCUUUUGAAUAGAAAUUAAUAAAAUACCAAUUAUUUUAUUAUAAGAGUGAUUUCUAUAUAUAUAUAUUUGAUAAA